CCUGCGCCUCCCCCAGGCCUGUCACUGUCGCUGCUGUUGCCAUGCUGCCCCCCAGGACGGCAUCCCUCCUGACUCUGCUCCUGGCCGUCGGCUCCUUGGGUCAGAGGGCUCAGAGACCCCCUCGGCCCCCGUCCCCCAUCAGCGCCAUCCAGCCCAAGGCCAACUUCGACGCGCAGCGGUUUUCAGGGACCUGGUUCCUUGUGGCUGUGGCCUCUGUGUGCCGCUCCCUGCAGGAGCAGGGCCAUCAGGCUGAGGCCACCACACUGCAUGUGACUCCUCAGGGUGCAGCCAUGGCUGUCAGCACCUUCAGGAAGCUGGAUGGGAUCUGCUGGCAGGUGCAGCAGCUCUACGGUGACACGGGGCUCCCAGGUCGCUUUCUGCUCCAAGCCCGAGGCGCCCGAGGGGCGGUGGACGUGGUCGUUGGGGAGACGGACUACCGGGGCUUCGCCAUCCUGUACCUGGAGCGGGCGCGGCGGCUGUCGGUGAAGCUGUACACCCGCUCGCUCCCCGUGAGCGAAUCAUUCCUGAGUGUGUUUGAGCAGCGGGUUCAGGGUGCCAACCUGACCGAGGACCACACCCUGUUCUUCCCCAAGUAUGGUUUCUGCGAGGCCGCGGACCAGUUUCACAUCCUGGAUGGUGAGUGGGCAGCGCCGGUGGGGCGGUGUGGCAGGGGGCUGGCAGCGCGCAGCUCCCUCCUGGUUGGGUCUCGUCUGUGCUGCAGAAGUGAGGAGGUGAGGCCGGCGGCAGCCCUGCACCAACAAGCAGCCAAGGCCCUGAAGGACGCCUACCCCGCUUCCUCCCUCACCCCGCACCCGCCCCUGCUGGGCGAGAGCCACGGCCAGAGAAGGGGCAGCCUCCCUCGAGAACCUGGGGAAAGUUUCAGGGCAAAUGGCAGCCCCCGGCUUGGGCCGGACUGGGGCUGGAGGGUCAGGGAGCUGGUCAUCGGCUUGGGCAAAGCCGGGCCUGGGAAAAGGGCCCAAGUCGCCCUGUUUGGGGAGCCUUAG